AUGAAGUACCUUACCUUCCUCGCCUUGGCCAUUGCUUCUCUGGUUGUCGCCGCUGCUCUCCCGAAUACCCUCAGCAGGCCACUCGAUAUCUCGAGCAUGAUAUCAGGCCCAAAGUCUCUCUCCGACGUUGUACCACUUGCCCAUUUUGACAAGAAAAUUGAACUGGGGAAUCUGAGAGGAGAGUGUGAGCCGCGCUUACAUUGUCCUUUACCUCGGCCUACUUACCCUGAGCGCCUUUGCGAGGUGCGUUAUCCUUGUAGAGAUGGGACUCGGCGCAUGGGAGGCUCAGAGGUGUAUCGACUCUGCGAUUUCUUACCGCCACUUGAGGAGUAG